GUGUUCACCGCUAGGAGGAAGAAUUAGAGAGAAGGGAGAAAAAAUCCCUAGUACAGAUUUGCUUCUGUGUGAACUUAAAUCCGUCGUGAUUCGUGGGUUGGGCUCUAGUAAUCUAGUACUUAGAAUAAGAAGCUAUUGUUCAACCCAAGACUUAGUACACAUGGCGGCCAUUAGGAAGAAGCUGGUCAUCGUAGGUGAUGGUGCAUGUGGUAAAACAUGUUUGUUGAUUGUAUUUAGUAAAGAUCAGUUCCCAGAAGUGUAUGUACCAACAGUUUUUGAAAACUAUGUAGCAGAUAUCGAAGUAGAUGGAAAACAGGUAGAGUUAGCCUUAUGGGAUACUGCAGGCCAAGAAGAUUAUGAUAGGCUCCGUCCUCUGUCCUAUCCGGAUACCGACGUCAUCUUGAUGUGUUUCAGCAUCGAUAGUCCGGAUAGUCUAGAGAACAUUCAGGAAAAGUGGACACCUGAAGUUAAACACUUCUGUCCAAAUGUCCCCUUGGUCCUGGUGGGAAACAAGAAAGAUCUUAGAAAUGAUCCAAACACAAUUAAAGAGCUGGGUAAAAUGAAGCAAGAGCCAGUGAAGACAGAAGAAUGUCGUACGAUGGCCGAAAAAAUUAAUGCUUUUGGUUACCUUGAAUGCUCAGCGAAAACAAAAGAUGGUGUAAGAGAAGUAUUUGAAAUGGCAACAAGAGCUGCAUUGCAAGUUAAGAAGAAGAAGAAAAAGAAGUGUAUUUUGCUUUAGGAUUUGAAGGAAAAAUAAAAGAGUUGAAGCUUUCUAAGUGCAUGCAAUAUAACAUUUAUAUUUGUUCUCUUUAAAAAUAAUUCUUUUUCUACUUCAGGAUUUGUUUAGGUUUUGAAUUUUGUUUUCAUUCAUUAGUGUAUAGCAUUCCAAAGAAAAUUAUGUAUGUGUAUAUAUAUAUAUAUCUUGUUUAAUUUGUUUGUUUUAACAGAUUAAUAUACAUGAUUUCAUUAUUAAGAGAAGAUUAAAUAUUAUAAUGUUUUGUUUUCCAACUUUGAAUACAUGCGCGUAAAAACUCUUACAUGUAACUUAUGGCCAAAUUCAUGACGGAAUUCUUAAUUUUACCAAAUAAUGAAGAAAUAUAUAAUUAAUUCCAAACGUAAGAUGCUCAUUUUUGUUUGUAAGUAUUAAGAAUUUUUUUAAAACCUGUUGAGUAGUAUGCUAGUACAAAUUUAAAACUAUAUACGUUAUAAAUGUAUGGUAACUAAAAGUGUACGGAUAAAAACUUGUAUCAAACUAGAGGAAUGAUUUUAGAAACACAACUGUAGAAUUAAAAUAUAGAUUCUUGUAGUACUGUUUUUUUGAUAUUGCUGUAAUAAAUAUUUUAAUACUUUAAGUAAUUCAAAAAUAGCAUGAAAAAAUAUUAAGUUCAUUUAUAUAUUUAUAACUUUAGAAAAAUAAUUUUGAAGUUAAUUAUUGUAACAGCCAAAGAUGUACUGUGAUCAUUGGUAACUUUUAUAUUGUUUUAACACAUGUAAGAGAUCAAUAAAAGUUUAUACUGGGCUCCCAAAACAGAGUUUAAACUUGUUACACUGUAUUGCUGGCUUUUAAAAUUAAAUCUACGUGUAAGAGUGUGUUGAUGUAGUAUUAGUGAUAUUCUUUGUAUUAUAUAAUGUUGUUGUUUUUCUGAAGUUAACACCAUCUAAAAUAUUACAUUUAGAUUCAUUUUUAUCCGUUUCAUGUUAUGUCAAAAUUCUAAUUAUUGCAGAAUAUUUAAAUUAAAAUCUCGAAGUUAUGUAUUUUUUAAUAAUAUUUAACAUGGUCAGAUGAAAUGUUUAUGUUUUUGGUUAAGAGAAAUUAUAAUAAGCAUUAUUACUUUUCAUUAGUAUCUUCAAACAAGAAUAUUUUUAAGGAAUCAUGUUCCAUGUUUGAAAUUGUUUUUUUCUCAUGAAAGAACACAUUGGCGAAUUAAAACAGUUUUAUGAAAGAUAUAACACAGUUACAGUAGCUAGUUUAGUAGUAAUUGAUUUGUUAUAUUCAGGGGUUAGUUUGAAUCUCAAUGGGUUAAAAUAUCCACCUAGUUUGUUUGUUUGUUUUUUAGUUUGGAUUAUGAAUAUGACAUAUUGGAUUGACUUUUUUAUAAGUUGAAUGCUCUUUAAUUUUAAUCAAAAGAUUACUGGUAUUUCUUAACUUGGAAUAUUAGCCCAGAAUUGUAAUUCAUAUAUUUACCUCUGUUGUCAUGUGCUGAAUUGAUUUGUAUUAACCAAUUAAGAAACUGUAUAUCUGUCUGCAGGAGUAUUGACCCUGAUGUUAUCUCUGUUGUGUAUGUUCUAACUAAAAAUCUGUACAUUUCUAUUGAUUUGAUCAUUUAGGAUUGGCAUAUUGAAGAGUGAGCAUAUAAAAAAAUCUUGUAUUUUCAUAAUUGAUUUAUAAAGUACAUUGGUUUUGAUGCUUA